ACAGUAUCUGUUUAAGAGAAGGGGAAUUCUCUCUCCCUCUCUCUUUUACUUGUCCUCUCUCCCAUUCUCUCUGUCUCUCUCUCUGUCUCCCUCUCUCACUCACUCACUCUCUCUCUCUCUCUCUCUUUCUGUGUGCUCGCUCUCUCUCGACUGCCACCUCUUCGCAGGCUACAGCAUCAGCAGGCUCUUUGGUUGGAUGCAGUAGACGGAUCACGAGGGGAAGCAGAGCUGUCCUUUCUUUACCACCGUGAGGCACGCAGGCACACAUCAGAAAACCAAUUAGAGCUCACUUCUUAAAUCCCAACAUUCCCUGUAUUCUAUCCAUUUAAAAAACGAGAGAAAGAGUCACUCCAGAGAACCAGGUUGUGUGAACUUGCUCUGUAGGAUCCUGUAGUAGAGAGACUGGGAGUGUUCUGCUAAGAUUGCAUAGGCAAUCCCCCUCCCCAUUUUUUAGCAAGACUCAGCCCGAGUUCCAGUCAGCUGCCACCUGGAGCUACCAGACCUUGGUGACAGUAGCUGAACAUGGGGAUGCAAGCCCUCUUCCUGGGCUGUGUGGCUACUGCCAUCCUGCUCCAGCUCACCAGCGGCGGCCUGGUGAAGAAGAUCGUCCGCCACCGGAGGGAGUCCCUGAUGCCCCCCACCAUGGAGAACGUCACCCUCCCCAGCCCCGACCAGCCCGUCGUCUUCAACCACGUCUACAACAUCAAUGUGCCCGGGAGUUCCCUGUGCAGUGUGGACCUGGACUCCCCCGACGUGACCGACGUCAAGCCCAAACCCGCCCCUGGCCCCUCCCCCCUGUCGGACCCUCACGCCGCCGAGCAUCACACCGUGGACGGGGAGAACCAGAUCGUCUUCACCCACCGCAUCAACAUCCCCCGGCAGGCCUGUGGCUGUGACAGCCACCUCCCGGAGCUGAAGGACCUGCUGAACCGGCUGGAGAUGCUGGAGGCUGAGGUGUCCGCCCUGAGGGAGCAGUGCACCAUGGGAGCUGGCUGCUGUGGGGCGCAGGUUACAGGUGAGGUGGGGACCAAGCCGUACUGCAGCGGCCAUGGCAACUACAGCACAGACUCCUGUGGCUGCGUGUGCGAGGCCGGCUGGAAGGGGAGCAACUGCUCUGAGCCCGAAUGCCCGGAGGACUGCCAGGACCAGGGGCGCUGCGUGGACGGCAAGUGUAUCUGCUUUGAUGGCUUCGGAGGCGAGGACUGCAGCACCGAGCUAUGCGCGGUGGACUGCGGCGAACACGGACGGUGCAUCGACGGCGCGUGCGUUUGCGCAGAAGGAUACUCCGGCGACGACUGCUCCGAGAGCGAGUGCCCGAACAACUGCCUUGGCCGCGGGCACUGCGAUGAAGGGGAGUGCGUCUGCGACGAGCCCUGGACCGGGUUCGACUGCUCCGAGCUCAUCUGCCCCAACGACUGCUUCGACCGCGGCCGCUGCGACAACGGCACCUGCUACUGCGAGGAGGGCUUCACCGGGGAGGACUGCGGCGAGCUCACCUGCCCCGGCAACUGCAACAACCGCGGCUUCUGCGUGGACGGCAAGUGCGUGUGCAGCGCUGGCUACACCGGCGAGGACUGCUCCAAGAUGACCUGCCCCAACAACUGCAACGGGCGCGGACACUGCUUCAACGGCAUGUGCAUCUGCGACCCCGGCUACCAGGGCAACGACUGCGGGGAGCUGUCCUGCCCGGACAACUGCAACAACAGGGGCCGCUGCGUGUACGGCGAGUGCGUGUGCGACGCGGGCUUCCAGGGCGAGGACUGCGGCGAGCUCUCCUGCCCCAACAGCUGCCAGAACAGGGGACUCUGCGUCAACGGCCAGUGCGUGUGCAAGGAGGGCUUCGCAGGCGAGGACUGCAGCGUCCGCACCUGCCCCAACGACUGCCAGGGGCGCGGCGACUGCGUCGACGGCAAGUGCGUGUGCUACUCCGGCUUCGGCGGCCGCGACUGCGGCACGAUGACCUGCCCCAACAACUGCCGGAACCGCGGCCGGUGCGUCAAAGGGCAGUGCGUGUGCAAGGAAGGGUACUCCGGCGAGGACUGCAGCGUCCGCACCUGCCCCAACAACUGCCGGGACCGGGGCUACUGCGUGGACGGCAAGUGCGUGUGCCUGGAGGGUUUCACCGGCACGGACUGCUCCUCGCUCACCUGCCCCGAAAACUGCAACGACAGGGGGCGCUGCGUCAACGGGAUGUGCGUCUGCGACAGCGGCUUCGUGGGGGAGGACUGCGGGGACCUCGCGUGCUCCAACAACUGCAACGACAGGGGGCGCUGCGUCAAUGGGCAGUGCAUCUGUGACGAGGGCCUCAUCGGUGCAGAUUGUUCCGAAGUGUCUCCUCCCAAGGACCUGACCGUGACAGAGGUGAACCCAGAGACGGUGAACCUGACCUGGGUCAACGAGAUGACUGUGACAGAGUACCUGAUCACUUAUGUUCCAACCGCUCCUGGAGGGCUGGAACUCGAGAUGCACGUACCGGGCGACAAGAAAGCCGCCACCAUCCGCGAACUGGAGCCAGGCGUGGAGUACCUGAUCAGCGUCUACGCCAUCCUCAACAACAGGAGGAGCGUUCCCGUGAGCGCCCGCGUGGCUACGCAUCUCCCGCAGCCCGAGGGCCUGAAGUUUAAAUCUGUGAAGGAGACCUCUGUGGAGGUUCUGUGGGACCCCCUGAACAUCGCCUUUGAUGGCUGGAACCUCAUCUUCAGAAACACCAAAGAGGAGAACGGAGAGAUUCUCAAUGCCCUGUCACGCCCUGAGACCACCUUCGAGCAGUCGGGACUGGGCCCGGGACAGGAGUACGAGGUCAAGCUUCAUGUGGUGAAGAACAACAGCCAAGGACCCGCCGCGAGCAAGAACGUAAUUACAAUGAUUGACAGUCCCAGCCAAGUGGAGGUGCGUGAUGUGACAGACUCUUCGGCACUGAUCACCUGGUUCCAGCCUGUAGCCCAGGUGGAUGGGAUCAUCAUGAACUAUGGGCCGAGCGCGGGUUCGAUGCGGAAGAGCGUGGACCUCCUACCAAUGGAAACUCAGUACCACAUCGACAGCCUGAAUCCGGACACCGAAUACGAGGUGUCCCUGAUGUCCAAGAGGGGUCCAGUGACAAGCAAACCUCUUUACGAAACUUUCACCACAGACCUGGACCCCCCCAAGGGACUGCGCACAGUGACGCACACAGAUGAGAGCAUCACACUGGAGUGGAGGAACAGCAGGGCGGACGUGCAGAACUACCGGGUCAAGUACGGCCCCCUCGCCGGGGGUGCGCACGGGGAAAUGAUGUUCCCCAGCGGACCGCGGGACACCACCCGAGCCGCCAUCACCGGUUUGAAGCCAGGGACAGAGUAUGGAAUGGGAGUGACUGCAGUGAAGGACGAACGCGAGAGCUUGCCCACCACCACGAAUGCAGCAACGAAUCUGGACCCUCCCAAGGACCUGGAGGUGAACACGGUGACCGAGAGCACCCUCAUCGUGACCUGGCAGAGGCCGGUGGCCAAGAUCGACUCCUACAAGCUGACGUACGUGUCCGCCGACGGCAGGAGGGCCGAGCUGCAGGUGCCGGGGAGCUUCACCACCGCCACCCUGCGCAACCUGAUCCCGGGCAUGCUCUACACCAUCACCCUGGUGGCGCAGAGGGGCCGGCAGCAGAGCGCCCCCAUCUCCCUCGCUGCAUCCACAGAGGAAGAAAAACCUUCCAUGGGCAGUCUGAAAGUCUCAGACGUGUCCUGGGACAGCUUCCGUUUGUCCUGGAAUCCAGCGGAGGGGGCCUUUGAGGGCUUCCUUAUUGAGGUUGCAGAUUCGAAGGGGGGCACAGACGGGCAGAACCACACGCUCCCCGGCAACACCCAGACCCUGGGCAUCACCAACCUUGCCCCCAGCACAACUUACAUGAUCACCCUCUACGGGGUGUCCCGGGGAACCCUCUUAGAGCCCGUCUUUGCCGUGGCAACCACAGAAGCCGAACCGGAAGUGGAGCACCUUCUCGUUUCGGAUGUCACCGCGGAAAGUUUUCGACUUACCUGGACAGCCGAAGAUGACGAGUUUGAUAGUUUCGUCAUUAGAAUUAGCGAUUCUGAAAAACCUGCGGACCAGCUGCAGGAGCUCACCGUCGCCGGCAGCGAGAGAUUCAGAGUCAUAACGGGUCUCAGCCCGGACACCCAGUACAAAAUCAUGUUGUACGGUGUGACGUUGGGACGACACUCCCAGCCCAUUACUGCUGUUACCCGAACAGGUGUGGGACCUCCCAAGGGCAUCCGCUUCUCUGACGUCACGGACACAUCUGCCACCGUUCACUGGAUCGUGCCACGCGCCAGGGUGGACCGCUACCGGGUCACGUACGUGCCCACCCAGGGAGCAUCCACAGGAAGCCCUAUGACCGUGACCGCAAACGGGGCUGUCUCACAGACAGUGCUGUCCAACCUGACCCCGGGAGUUACCUACCAGGUGACCGUCAUUGCUGUCAAGGGCCUGGAUGAGAGCGCACCUGGGUCGUCAUCUGUGACCACAGCUUUGGACAAGCCUCGCGGUCUGACCGCUAUGAACAUCACGGACACUGAGGCCCUGCUGCUGUGGCAACCAGCUAUCGCCAUGGUCGACGGCUAUGUUAUCACCUACAGCUCAGACACAGUGGCCCCGGUGAUGGAACGCGUUUCCGGAAACAUUGUUGAGUUUGAGAUGAGCUCCCUCACGCCCGCCACACACUAUACCGUCAAGGUUUAUGCGGUCAGGCAGGCCCAGAAGAGCGCCGCCACCAGCACCGAUUUCACCACCGAUGUGGAUGCUCCCCAGGACUUAGCAGCAAGUAAUGUCCAGUCAGAAAGCGCCUUUCUGACCUGGAAGGCCCCUCGCGCUGACAUCACAGGCUACAUCCUCAGCUUUGAGUCGGCCGAUGGCAAAGUCAGGGAAGUGGUCCUCAGCCCCACAGCCACCUCCUACAGCAUGACCCUGCUCAGCUCCUCAACAGAGUACUCUGUUAGGCUGCAGGCCAUCGCUGGACCCAAGAGGAGUCGCCACAUCACCACCAUCUUCACCACCACUGGUAUGCUGUACAGAUACCCCAAGGACUGCUCCCAGGCGCUGUUGAACGGCGAAACUACCUCAGGCCUCUACACCAUCUACCUGGGCGGAGACGAGAGCCAGCCCGUCCAGGUGUACUGCGAUAUGACCACAGAUGGAGGCGGAUGGAUUGUCUUCGUGCGCCGCCAGAGCGGGAAGCUGGAGUUCUUCCGGAACUGGAGGAACUACACGGCCGGGUUCGGCGACAUGAACGACGAGUUCUGGCUCGGUCUGACGAACCUCCACAAGAUCACGGCGUCCGGCCAGUACGAGCUGCGGGUGGACCUGCGGGACAAGGGCGAGACGGCCUACGCCCAGUACGAGAGGUUCACCGUCUCCGAGCCCCGCAGCCGCUACAAGGUCCACGUGGGAGGCUACAGCGGCACUGCCGGUGACUCCAUGACCUACCACCACGGUCGCCCGUUCUCCACGUACGACCAUGACAACGACAUUGCCGUCACCAACUGCGCGCUGUCCUACAAGGGCGCCUUCUGGUACAAGAACUGCCAUCGUGUCAACAUCAUGGGACGGUACGGGGACAACAGUCACAGCAAGGGAGUCAACUGGUUCCACUGGAAAGGCCACGAGCAUUCGAUCGAGUUCGCCGAAAUGAAGAUCCGGCCUUCCAACUUUAGAAACUUUGAGGGCAGGAGGAAAAGAUCAUAGACCCUCAGCCAGCCCGCUUGCCCUUUGACCGCUCAUCGUGUCCCAUCCUCCCCCCUCUGUCCCUGCAAGCCCAGUCACCCCCCCCGCAUCUACCAAAGCUACGGCCACGCCCUCUUCCCCUCCACAUGCGCCACCCCAACAUACCGCCCAGACCUUCAUUUUCCAGACUCAGCCAUUAGUGGUUGUGUGACCUAGGUUCAAGGUCAGUUAAGGACUGUUGUGGUUACUGCAGACUUACAGUUCUCGGCUAACCAACCGAGCACAGUACGACCUACACGAGCACUUAUACACGUGCACACACACACACCAAAGAGGAGAAAAUACUAUGUUCUCUGGGGCAAAAGAUGAAACCAAUUUUUCUUCCUUCUCUGCAAAGUUGAAGUUGAGAUGGGAGACUAGGAGGUGGAUGGAGCAUUGGUACAAUACAGAUGAGUCUGGCAUGGUGCUUUCAUCUCCUUUCUUAGCUACAGAAUCCAAUGUUUCGCUGAUCAGUGUUGCAUCUAGGCAUAGCAGUUUACCCUGGUUUUUGUGCAGAGGACAGAUGCAUUUUUUUGUGGUCUUCGUAGUUGUGGAGUCUCUUCUUCAUUAAGUAUUAAUACAAUGGCUCCAUUGGGUCCUCACAGGCAUAUCAACUCAACAAUUAUUCUGAACAUAAGCACAAACACAAGUUUUCAGUUUGAUAAAGGUAUGAAUAAUAUGAAUAACAGAGCAUUCACACAGGUAAGCAGUCUUAUUAGGACACUUGUGUUACACUUUAAUGAAGAGACCCCGCGGUGGGGAGAGGGGGGGGCAGUGGUGUCACACUCAUUCUUUCAUCCCUCCAUCCCCCCUGCUGUCCUCUCCUCAUCUCUCCAUCAGCUUAAACCAUCCACUGAAAAGAAAGGGAAAGAUUUGCAAGGGAAAACCUCUCAGUCUGAAUAUUCUCCAUGCAUGUCCAGGUCACUUUAGGCAACAUGUAAAUCCACAGUCCCAAUGCAGUCGGCUUCCACGCGCAGCCCUGCUAUUCACUUUCCAUGUUCUAGUUCCUGGGCAAAAAUAUAUAAAAAAAUAAAAUAAAAAAUAAAAAUUGGUAGAUUUCAGUUUAUUUCUUAAUUAUGUCUUCUACAAAAUCCAAGGCAGGACCUGUUAUUCAACAUAUUAUAUUAAAAAAAGAAAAUGAUUGCAUUUUUGCAAAAUGUGGAAAAAAUUUGUAAAAAUAUUUGUAGAAAUGUACGAGGAGUGGGGAUCCAAAUAAAGGUAAAUCAGUCUAAUGCAGAAUUUGUGAAUUGGAAAAAGUUCAGCUUCGUCAGCUUUGUGAAAACGAUUGGGUUGGACACUCUCCUAGUCUGAAUUUGUCUUAAAAAAUAAAAAUAAAAAACAAAACAUUUACAUGCACCAAACAUGCUGCGCUUCUGCAGCAAAGAUCCCAAACUCCUUGUGCUACGAUGGCAGGAAUAUAUCCCUAUAAUGGCAAUGCCUAAAAGCUAAAGCCACUGACCCAACUGAAUACCUGUGUAAGUUAAAAAUACUCUGCUGGGGUUUUUUUUUAUUUGUUUGUUUGUUUGUUGUUGUUUUUGUUUUGUUGUUUGUUUGUCUUGUUUAUUUUUUAACUAAGUGAAAAACAGGUGUUCCUAUGUAACCCUUAUUACAAUAAAACAACCUUUGUUU